ACGCAACGUAACGCAUCGCCGCUCUCCCAGGGUGCACUUCGCUCUUGCCAUCUUGUCGAGUAGCGGUGGUGAGAGGAAAGAGAGGCAGUUAGCAUUUUAGCUCGCUGUGACUGCCACAGAAGUGAAGUGCAUAUCUGUCAGCUAGCCCUAGCAGCUCCUCAACGUGAAGUAUCCGCACAGCGAGAGGCUGAACUUUACAAGUUUAAGGAGCGUAUAUUCUCUAUAGCCCUCCUUUUGGACAUUGGAUGGACAAUAUCGGUUUGUUUACAUCAUGAUGUGGCACAUACUUGUACUAAGGUAAGGGGAAAUAACUAGCUAUCGUGGGCUAACUUAGCUGGUUAGCCGAACAUAUAUAUGCCUUGGCUGAAAAGGAGAGUGAGUUGAGAACAGGCCCGCCUGGGGUAAAAGUACUGGGAGCAGCUUGUGAUCCAGGAUUGCGACAGGGCCCUUCCUUCAACUCCAGAGCCGAGACUGUGUCCGAGGAGAAAGGCCAGCCGGGGUCUGGAAAGCCCCGGAGCCGAGACUCGAGUCUUGUCGCCGGUAGGUGUGGAAGUAUCCGAGCUGUACGGAGUGUAUCGAUCUAUCAUCUGCCAACGCCGGCAUACUUUAUCCACGUCGUAAGAGAGACCGAGGACGUGAACAUGUGGCCUACUUGUGUGUUUCAUAUUUUCCAACUGUGAAUUGCUCUGCGAUAAGUUAUUUUAAGUAGUUUUUUGUGUCUGGAGAUAGUCCACGUCGAUUCAGGUAGAUAUUCAACAUGUCGAAAAUGCCGGCAAAGAAGAAGAGCUGCUUCCAGAUCACGAGCGUGACCCAGGCUCAGGUUGCCGCCAGCAGCAUCACUGACGACACCGAGAGCCUGGAUGACCCGGACGAGUCCAGGACCGAGGACCUGUCUUCGGGGAUAUUUGACGGUUCUCGUGCCGACUUAGGGGUGUGUGACAGGAGUUCGUCGGAGGAAACCUUAAACAGCGUAGAAGCACACGAGAGUCAGCCUGCCUUAACAGGACCUGUCAACGGUGGCUUCUUUAUUAAAAGUAUUGUGACUGGUCAUGUCCCCUCCUCAGCCGUAGGAAGUGGGGUGCCCGUGGCGGCAACAAGUAAGCCCUCUGUUCUUAGCUCAUCCACCCAGUCGGCUACAGCGGUCACCACAGCCUCUCCUGCAGCUGUGCCUAGCGUGACUCAUACAGCCCCGGUGGCCACUAGCUCCAUAUCAACCGUGAGCUGUAGUUCCCGUUUUAGGGUCAUCAAACUCGACCAUGGUACAGGAGAGCCCUUUAGACGUGGCCGAUGGACGUGCACAGAGUUUUACGACCGUGAUUCUGAGGGUUCCAGCAUGAGCAGGACUGUUGACAGUAUAAAGCAAGCUGUGACCCUCGAUCACAGUAAGGACAGGGACAGCGGUUUCGGGGCCACUGGGAGCUCAGUGGUUGGCCCCAAUGCUGUCUCUACUCCGGAGACUGCUUCAGACAGCAGUGGGCAUCGGCAAAUCUCCCCAGUCUAUGGCCGAACCCCCCAGAUCGGGAGCGGAACAAGUGCCUUCCAACCCACGGGGCACUUGAACAUGACGCCCCAGCAGCAGGGCCAGGUGACUUUGCAGGCCGUUGCCCCUCAGAAUCUCCUCCCCGGUGUCCCCAACGGUGGCCCCCAAGAUGCCCUGUUGCAGAAAUCUCCCAUCAUGCCGCCUGUCACGCAGAACCACCAGGACGCAGCCUACUUUAACCAUCCCGCUAGCCUCUCAAACAGCCAGCAAGAGUAUUGCCAGCAGCACUUUGUCCCCCAAGGCUCAAGCACUCAGAACGCCCCCACGGCCUCGCACCCUGUGGGGCCUCUAGUCAGCCAGGGCCCCUCACCUGUCAUCACUUCAGCUGGUCCCACCGCCCAUGGAUCCCUGCUCCAGCCGGGCAGCGGGGGCCACAUCGGUUCCACUCUUCCUGUCGGUGGCCUCCAGGAGGCCCAGUCCUUGGGGGGAGUGUGCGGCGCACCUGCACCUUCUGUCCCCGCCGCCGCCGCCUCUGCCACCCACAGCGGUGGCCUCUCCAACGUGCCUGCCGCAGUGCCCAACAACACGCACACCCUGUCGGGCUUGCAUAGCCAGCCACUCUUCCCCGAAGGCCUUCCCCAGGGCUACCCCCCCAGCUUCAGCAGCCACGGAGCCGACGGCCGGAGGCAGUCGGACGCCCUACCUCAGCCCGCCGCCAGCGCCUUUCCAGGGAUGGACGGCGUGCGGCCUUUCAUCCCGGAGAGCCUCCGUCUGGUCACCCCCACCGUCAACAGCCUGUUUGGCAUCUCCAUCGCCAUGGAUGAAGACGAGGACAGUGCGUCUGGUGCCAGUUUAGUUGCCAUCGACAACAAGAUCGAACAGGCAAUGGACCUGGUCAAGAGCCACCUGAUGUACGCCGUCCGCGAGGAGGUGGAGGUACUGAAGGAGCAGAUCAAGGAGCUGUACGAGCGGAACUCGAUGCUGGAGCGGGAGAACGCCGUGCUCAAGUCCCUGGCCAACACGGAGCAACUGGGCCAGCUGUCGAGCACGCAGAGUCCCGGCGGAGGCACCACCUCCCCCCCGCAGCUGCAACACCUCCUGGGCGACAGCAACAACACCGCCCUCAACAACAACAACAACAACACCAACGCCAUGCAGCACGAAGGGGGUCCGAACAACCCCCAUCAGCCCAACGUCACCUCGGCGUGAUCCCGUUACCCCCCCCGCCCGCCCGCCCGCCCCGCCGUUCCCGUGCACCCCUUGCAAAUUCCCGCCUUACUUAAGCAAGACGCAGCGCACCCAGCCGUGCCCCCCUCAGGCCGGAGUGGAGGCGGAGGACGUUGUCUGGAAGGAAGUAGAAAAGACCAUCAACCGCCGUCGUCCUCCUCGCUCCCUGAAGGGCGGCGGCCCCUCCCCGAGAGAGGGUCCGUUUCCGGGGGCCCCACGCCACGCCCCCUGAACGCACAGUCGAGCAUG